UUCCCACAGCCCUGGCCUCGUUUCCUCCCUUGGUCUGGCUCUCAAGGCACCAGAUGAGCUGGAAAGUCACCUGGGCCCUUCACCAGCAGCAGCCGAGCCAGCCCACGAUGGCGGAGAACGGGCUGGGAUGGCGGGACAAGGUGCUGACUCUGGAGUCCAUGAACCCCUGCAUCAAGAAGGUGGAGUAUGCUGUGCGGGGGCCCAUCGUCAUCCGGGCCGUGGAGCUGGAGAAGGAACUCCAAGAGGGAGCAAAGAAACCUUUCACAGAGGUGAUCAGAGCCAAUAUCGGUGAUGCCCACGCCAUGGGGCAGAAAUCAAUCACUUUCCUGCGCCAGGUCUCCGCCCUCUGUAUGUACCCAGAGCUUUUGAACGACCCCAACUUUCCAGAGGACGCAAAGAAGAAAGCCCGCCGGCUGCUGGACGUGUGUGGGGGACGCAGCGUGGGUGCCUACAGCGCCAGCCCUGGAAUCGAGCUCAUCCGCAGAGAUGUGGCUGCCUUCAUAGAGAGAAGAGACGGGGGCAUUCCGGCCAAGUGGGAAAACAUCUUCCUUUCCACAGGCGCCAGUCAUGCCAUCAUGACGAUCCUGAAGCUGCGGUGUGGCCGAGGGGAGGCGCCCCGCAUCGGGGUUAUGAUCCCAUCCCCAGUACCCCUGCCUCAGCAGGGGGCUGGCCCGGAGCUGGACAGCGCUAAAUCAACUACUACCUGGACGCAGGAGAACUUGAUGGGCGCAAGCGUGGAGGAGCUGCGGAGAGUUUGCACGGCUCGCCAACGCUGCCGCUCAAGGCUGCAUCAUCAACCCGGCAACCAACUGGUGCUACUGGACUUGAAUCCAGCUCUUCUACUGAAGCCCACAGGACUUACCCUCCUGGAUACCGUGUUCAGCCCUGCAACAGGGCAGGUGCAGAGCCGCAAGUGCAUCGAAGAGGUCAUCCACUUUGCUUGGGAAGAGCAGCUUUUCCUCCUGGCGGAUGAGGUUUAUCAAGACAACGUCUAUGCGGAGGGCUCCCAGUUCCACUCCUUCAAGAAGGUGCUCUUUGAGAUGGGCCCCAAGUACUCCGAGACGGUGGAGCUGGCCUGCUUCCACUCCAUCUCCAAGGGCUUCAUGGGCGAGCUGGGCUUCCGGGGAGGUUACAUGGAGGUGAUCAACAUGGACCCAGCCGUGCAGCAGCAGCUGGUGAAACUGGUUUCGGUGUGCUUGUGCCCACCGGUGACGGGGCAGAUCGUCCUGGACGCGGUGGUGAACCGGCCUGAGCCCGGAGAUCCUUCCUACCAACAGUUCAACCAGGAAAAGCAAGCAGUGCUGGACGCCCUCGCCCAGAAGGCACGGCUCACGCAGGAGACCUUGAAUCAAGCCCCCGGAUUCCACUGCAACCCAGUGCAAGGAGCCAUGUAAUGCUUUCCCCGAUCGAAAGCUACCUCUCUGCGUCGCGUGGAAGCAGCCAAGGCACAAGGCCAGGCCCCAGACAUGUUUUUCUGCCUCCGACUGCUGGAAGAGACGGGCAUCUGCGUGGUGCCCGGCAGCGGCUUUGGCCAGAAGGAGGGCACUUUUCACUUCAGAAUGACCAUCUUGCCGCCCCUGGAGAAGCUGCGGAUCCUGUUGCGGAAGCUGACCCAGUUCCACGCCAAGUUCCUCCAGGAAUAUUCCUAGCCUGCAGGGGCCCAGCACAGGGGGGUGGGCACAGCACCAGAAGGACGCGGGGGGUGGGGGUGGGGGUGGCAAGGCUCCUGCCUCCCCAGUCAUCUUCCAGUGGCCACCUGACAUUGCCCUUUUCACACCUGGCCAGGCCUGCUUUUACCUAAGCAAUAAAAGAUGGCGGCCAGCGGAAUAGCCGGUGCCAGUCGACUGGACUCUUUACCCAGAAGGCAUUGCUUGGACUUUGGGGCUGCUUCCUUUGGCUCAGACCUCCCGACAAGACUGAGAUGGGGGAGGGUCUCUGCCUAGGAGACUGUUCUUGCAAGAUACCUUUGCGCCUGUGAAUCCAAAACACCGGGUGGGCAGAUGAACUCAGGAGGCUGCCUGAUGCCCCCCCCCCAGGUCUAAGUAUCGCCACCCCGGCUUCUCUGGGUUGUCUGACAGAGAAAGCUCUUUCCCAACACCGGCCCCUGAGAUCCUCGUAACUGGCGGGGCUGCUGGGGACGGAGCCGAGGGUCUUCUGUACGCAAAGCAGGGGUCCCGCUGCUGAUCCGCAGCCCCCUCCUCUAAGAGUUCUUAUGGCCCAGCCGGGGCUACGGCACGAAGGCCAAGUUGCCAGGAGGGCCAGGAAAUGCAGCCUAAUGCUCGCCUUUCCCCUCACAGUGCCAAGUGAGCCUUCUUCUGUCCCCAGCAGGGAUGCUGCCCCAGGGUCCCCGAGGAUGGUCGUUCUUCCUUCUCGCAUUCUGGGGUUCCCACUCACAGGGCAGGGGGGCAGUGGAGGGGCUCGGCACUGCCUGCCUGUCAGAUUCGGAUCUGCUCCCUGGAGUCUGGGGGUGUCCAGCAGCACCCAGGGAUGUGGCGUGGGUGGGCCUGCCCGAGGGGUUCUCAACUUGGGCGUCGUGCUCUGCUGUAAGGUUGUGCACCCCCAUUGGCAUGCCUGUGUGUGGGACACGAGAGGAUCUAUAAAAGCCACUGGAAUGAA